AUGAGCAUGAGCAUGAGCAUGAGUCUCAACGCCGAUGCGAACGCACAACAUGACAUCAUUGAAGAAGAAAUUUUGCCGUCCAAGAGGAAAAUUAGAGAGCCUAAAACUGGCUCCAUAGAGAUUGAUCUGGAGGACUUUCCGAAUGGCGAGAUCAACUUUUGGGAGCUUGUCAAGAGGAGCAGGAGAGCAAGGGAGACGAACGGCGCAGUGACAUCCCUUGAUGCUGCCAGCAAUGAACUCCAGAAGCAGGAUCCUUCAAGCGAAUCUCCACGGUUUGGAGGUGGAAUUUAUGACAAGAUCAUUGCCAAAUGGUCAUCUAUGACCAGUAAUCCCAAGGACGUGGAUGAUGAAAGUGCUGAAGAUUCUGGCACAGACAACGAUUCACAAGAUUAUGAACUUGAUGACCCUCUGAUUGAUGAUUCCGAGUUGGUUGAAAAAUUCAAAAAGCGAGCAAAAGCUAAACAUGAAUCAAAGAGGACCCAUGAUUCAAAUCUGGGAUUUCAUGUUGACACACAGAGAUCGCUUGAUGGAGCUAGCGAUGUAGAGAAGGAGGAAGAGGAGGACGAGGACGAGGACGAGGACGAGGACGAGGACGAGGAGAUGGAAGAGGAUGGUACAGAGAGGGACUCUGGAGCUCCCAAAAAGCAGCGGAGGAAGACGUGGUUCAAAAUGGGAGACAAGAAUCCAAUGGAAGUUGAGGAGGCUGACUUGAAGCGGAAGGUCAAGAAGCAGAUAGACGAUCUUCUCGAGAGGAAGGAGAAGUACUCGACCAAAAAUUACAUCGAAGAGCUGGUCAAGCUCAUCCGAGUUGCGGAACAGCAUCAAUGCGUGAGUUGGCCCUUUCAGUAUUGCAGCGCCACAACGCUGACCGGAGCUGCACAGAACAUUACAUUGAUGUUUCAGACAUUUGCGGAUGCCUUGAAGAUCAAGAGUCAAACUGUGGAGAAUCGAGUUAGGAAAGCUAUCCAGGCACAGACCAGCAAGAAUCUCCAAGACAAGUACUUGGAAGAGCUAAAUGAAUUUCUUCAGAAAGCGGAGCGAGAAAAGUUGCAGGCUCUGCAGAUCGGAGACCUCAACUUCAAUGGAGUUAGGAGCUGCUUGAAGCGUGAAUUCCUCUCCAUAUUCAGGACGAUAGUUUCUGAUCUCAACAUGAUGCGAAAUUUGCCGUGCAGGGAAGAUAUUUUACAGUAUAUCGAGUUUGAUAUUGUCGAAGCUGCAAAGAGCCAGUUCACCGACCGGAUAUACAAGUUGAAGAGCAAAAAGAAAUGGCUGUCAACCAACGUUGGUCACGCUCAAUUCCCAGUACGUGAAGACUUUUAA